GCGGAGCCGCGCGGGCCGCUGCGGAGUGAAGGUUUCCUAGCCAAUUGGGGUCUUUGAGGCGAAUGCGAGGCUGGGGCCGGUUGCCGACUGGCCCAUUCUCACCGAGGCAGUCCAGGCUUUUCCCCUGGCGGUGGCCGCUCCAAGACAGCAUCUGUCAACGCUCCUCUUCUCCCCUCCUCCUCCUGCCGGGCCGGGCUCCGCCGGCUGCGGCCGAGAGGACGCGGGACCCGGCGCGGUGAGCCCAUCAGCUGUCAGGCGAGCGGCGAAGCAGCCGGAGGGCGGCGAGAGACACACAAAGAACGCGGUGGGCGGCGGCGGCGAAAGGGGACGGCAACUCCUCCUCGCGCCCGCCGGUGCCACCUCCGGCCGGGCUUGUUCCGAGGCCGCGCAGACAAUGCGGCCGGGCUCAGCCCCGCGCGCCCCAGAGUGCGGGGCGCCCGCGCUCUCCCGACCCCAACUUGACAGUCUCCCGGCUUGCCCAGCCCCCUCCCGGGGUAGGGGCGCCCCCUCGCUCCGGUGGCCGGCGAAGGAAGUCGGUCCGCGGCCGCAGAGCCCGGCAACUUGCGAGCCGGGAAAAGUUUGCGGCGCCUCCGCGGGGCGGCGCGACGCGGCCCGCCCCUCGCGUCCGCGGUCACCGCGGGUGACUUUCUCGACUCGUCGUCAGCCGGGGCCGCAGCGCGGCCGGCGGGGACUGCGGGGAGGGCCGGAGUCCGUCCCAGGGCUCCCGCACCUCGGGCUGAGGGUGAGUCGGCUUUGGGCGCGGUGGGCUCAAGUGGUUUAGGGCACCUGGGCUUGGGAAGAAGGUGUGGAGAGAGACUAAUACUUUAUGAAGCUGGCGGGGAGAACAAAUAAAAGUGCGGUAGCUUGAAGGGCACUGACAUGCCACUGACUUGGGAACCGUAUCCGUGGGAACCCUUCGGGGGCCGGCGCGACCAAGGGCCUGUGCGCGGCUCGGUGGGAGAUGGAAAGGUUAGAAGGUCGCGGACUAGCCCUGCCUGCGACUGGCCCAGCUUGACCUUGGACAAGUGACUUUACCACUUAGGUUUUCUCGUGGGGUAAUAUGUGGGGCUACAGCAACGUGGUCUAUGGUGUCGUCCAGUUUUUAGACUACAUCUCCGUUUUUGAGAUUUUCCUAGGGCCUCAACACGGUGCGCGAGUUAUGAAGCGGUAGGCCAGGGUAUGUUUACAUGCGCCUGGAUUCACCUUUCAGCCUACUCAGAAGUAACUUUUAAGUUUGAUGUUUUAAAACACUAAUAUUUAAAGGCUUUCCUUCACUGAAAAGUAAAUUACCCAUUGCUUAUUUUACGAACCUUAGGAUUGUCGUAUUUUGCUGCACCAUUUGGAAUCCUAAGGGCCAGGGUGGGGACAGAGAGCCAAGUCUGAGGGUGAAGUGGCAGGUGCCCCCGGGCGAUCCCUGCCGGAUCCAGUUGAGGGGGAGAACAAAGCAUUUAUUAUGCAUGAGAGAGAGUGAACAGGGCAGGUGUUUGUGUUUUUGUUUUCUGUAUUCUACUGAAAACUUUUUUUGGUUGGGGGGUGCGGGCAGUGGAGGAGGGGACAAAGAAGAAAAAGAAAUG